AUGCUGAGCCAACAAAAUCCUUUGUGUUUGUGGCAAAGACCAACAGAAAAUGGUUUGAGGCAUGCAGCUGCAGCAACGGAGCAGUGUGUGUUCACAGGAUGUCCAAACAAGCGAACAUUUUGUUCAUUGCAUGUUAGAUGGCACAGAGCUCUCGUCUGUCGCCACCUUGGAAAGCUAGCAACUAGUGAGAGUAUACCAGUCCAUAUUGAUACUCAUUCUGCUUUUGAAGAUUGUAUUGUUGUAUUUAACUUGGGAUCUCAGAUAGUCAUGGAAUUUCAUCAUCCCAAUGGCUGUCAUGUUCCAAUAUUGUUACCAAGAUAUAGUGUCUUAAUUAUGUCAAAAGAAAGCAGAUAUUUAUGGAGUCAUGGCAUUACACCAAGGAAGAUGGAUGUAAUUCCAAAUCAGAAUGGACUUCUUAAAUCAGUUCCUAGAGGUGUUCGAACAUCAUUUACAUUUCGCAUUAUUAGAAGGAAACCUUGUGAUUGUGGUAAAGAAUAUUUUUGAAGUUAAACUUUUUUUCUGUUAAUAUUUAUUAACUGACCAAGCAAAAGUCUUUGCAUACUAGAAUUUUAAAUAAAAUGCUUAAAUCAUAGUGUGAUAUAUGAGAAUUUCCACAGUUUUCUAUUAAUUAUAAGUCUUAAAAUUUAUAUUUUCUUAUUCAUGUUUGUACAAUAAUGAAAAAGAAAUAUUAAAGAAAAAGAAAAAAUAUUUAGUAAACAAAAUCAAGAACCUUAUUACAUCUUGAUAGAAUUCUAAAGCAUUGAAUUUUUGCCAUUACUUUUCAAUGUAUUUCCAAUGUUUAAUUUUAAAAAUCGUAGUAUAUAAAUGUUAAAAUACUAUAUUUUAGAACAGUGAUUUCCAAUCUACUAAGAUUACAAACCACUUCAAAAAUCAACAAAUAUUUGUAUGACAUAUACAAAUACUCAUGCAUAUCUUUUUGUAUAUAUAUAUAUAUAUACACACAAGACCAUAAAGUAUCAGCAUUUAUCUAAAGUACUAUUCCAAACAUUGGCUUUAUUCUGCAAAUUGCUUUUUGCUAGCUAAGUAAGUACAGUAGAGCCUCGAAAACUCGGCCUAAUGUGGACCGAAGGGUGGCAGAGUUUGUGAAAAUGCCGGGUUAUCGGGAAUGGGGUUAAAAAAAAUAAG